GCCCCCCCGCCCAACCCCCGGACAAUAUCGCCCUCAUCCCCCCAUGCAAUACGGGCGAUAUAGCACGGCUCCCCGCCCCGCGCUCCCACGGACAGGCACCUGCAGGUAAGAAGUAAAUAUGAGCUUGGCAACACACGACCAUCAGUGCCAAGACCCUGUAAUCUGAACUGUGUCUUCAGCUGACUUCCUAGCGGCCAGGCGCUGUUGAUCCUGUACCAUGGAGGACUGCCUUCACACCUCCUCCGAAAACCUCUCCAAGCUGGUGAGCUGGGCCCACAGCCAUGGGACCAUCUGCAGCCUCAUCCCCAACCUCAAGCACCUGCUUUCCGAGGGGGCCAAUGGCAACCUGACAGCCAUGUGGGGCUGUAGUGCUGGCCAUGCCUACCACUGGCCCCUGGCUGCCACUUGCCGGGCCGGUUCCCAGGAGCGUGUUUGCUUCCAGGACAGCCGCAGUUUCAACUCGGACAGCCCCAGCAUGCUGGGGGUGCCAUCAGAGGCUCAGGCCAGCCCCCUGGAGCGCUACCCAGGCCGGCCGGGGAAAGCCAAGCUGGAUUGCACCCGCACUCGUGACUCCUGUGACUUCUCCUACUGCAGUGAGCCGUCAGACCUGGGCGAGCCUGUGGAGGAGUACGAGGAUGAGGCCACCCUCUUUGACAUGGUCUGUGAGUCCUCUGUCACCGAUGAGGACAGUGACUUUGAGCCACACCCGCACCGUGCUCCCACCGGCCCCCGCAAGCGGCCGGCAGCCGCGGCCCAGCCCCAGGCCCAGGCCGCCGACGAGGGCAGCGGUGACGUGCUCCUCAAGAAGAUCAAGCAGGAGCUCCCUGAGGACUACUAUAUAGUGGCCAACGCGGAGCUGACGGCCGGCGCCGAUGGGCCGGCCCUGGCCCUGAUGCAGAUGUCCAAGCCCAAGCUGCAGCCCCCGGCAGGGCCCUCCUGCCUGGCACCCACCAGAACCGUGCCCCAGCCAGCCGCAGGCCCCGAGCCCGACCCGCCGCGCCCUUGCGCCUCCCCGCCUGGCCCGCCCCGCAUGGCCUCGCAGCGGCCACCCCGGGGACCUCUCGCCUCCCCGGCAUGGGGGGCAGGCGGUGGCCCUGUGGCUGCCUUGCAGGUGCCAGCCAGCAGCUCUAAUGCCAUCACCACCGCUGGGAAACCCAUCAGCAUCCCACUCUCAGCCCUACAGCUGCCUGGUCAGGAGGAGCCACCGGCGGCUGCUGAGGAGACCCUGCCGUCCACCCCACAGCUGGCCCCGGGUGGUGAGCUGGCCGGCUCACCCUCGUUGGGUGCCGACCCUGAGGUCAGCUCCAGCCAGCAGCAGCCCCAGGCAGCGCCCACCAUCACCCCCGAGGCAGCAGUGCAGCUGAUGCCAGACCAGGAUGAGAGAGCAGCAGAGCUCAGCAGGGAGCAGAAUGAGAAGACCAUUCGCAGCACACAGACUGCUCUCCGCAAUUUCCGAGAAUUCCUCAUUUCCAAGUACCCCUCUGAGACCCGUGAGAUCUAUGUCAUCCCCUGCAAAGAGCUUGAUGCCUAUCUUGCAUCCUUCUUUGUGGAUGCCAGACAAAAGGAUGGGUCUGAAUAUGAGCCAAACAGUCUGGCCAACUAUCAGUGUGGACUGGAGCGGUAUCUCAAAGAGCACAGGUAUGGAUACAGUAUUACAAGGGAUAAGGAGUUCAAGAGGUCCCAGGAAGCUCUAAAGCAAAAGCAGAUAGAGCUGAGGUGUAAAGGCAAAGGAAACAAGCCACACAAAUCCAUGAAGCUUACCUUUGCUGAUGAGCUUAUCCUGCGCAAAAGAGGCUUAUUGAGCAGGUACAAUCCUGAAGGGCUUCUGAACCUAGUGUGGCUGAACAACACUAAGGCGUUUGGACACUGCACAGGUUUCCACGGGUCCACCCUCAAGUGGGGAGACAUCCGACUGCGAGUGACAGAGACUGGGUUGGAGUACCUGGAGUGGAUGGGGCCAGACAACGGGGAUGUGAGUGCCAAGAGCAAGAGAGGCGGGACGGACUCGCGGGUGUACGCCACCCAGCACUCCCCGCAGACCUGCCCCGUGCAGGACUACAAGGAGUACGCCCAGCGGCGCCCUCCGGCCAUGCGCUACGAGGAUGCGCCUUUUUACCUGUCCAUCAAACCCGUUGUCAACUUGGCUGCACUUCACUGGUACAACUGCCAAGCCCUGGGGAAAAACAAGCUUGCCAAGAUGGUGAAGACAAUGUGUGAGAAAGGGAACAUCCCUGGCCGCAAGACCAACUUCAGUGUCUACCAGAGCUGCAGCACCCUCUCAGAAGCUCAGAGCAACCAGCUGGUGCUGAUCUGCAAUAACUUGAGCCAGCAGGCUGCCCAGUCCAUGGCAAGUCACUCCAAUACUGGCAACUUCAUAGUGUCAGCAUCCUAUGACUCGUCAUCUGACACUGCUUGAAAGAACACCAAACACUUUUCUCUUUUCCUUUUUGUUUCAGGCAUUGAAUUUGUGCUCAAUAAUACACAUCAGCUGUGAUUGUACACUAUUCCCCCUCUCAGCCCUCUCUCCAGUGUUAAUUCACUUUAUAAGAAUAUAUGAACAUAUAAUAUAUUUUUCUUUCUACAAAUAAGUCAACAGAAAUAGUUUAGUAUUACUAACAGUAUUUAUAGCGUUAAUGCAAAAAUGAAAGGUACUUAUGGGUUAUAAUACAAAUGCAGAUUUUAAAAGGAUAGAAAUGGUUCUCAGGCAACACAAGAUAGACUGAAAAUACCAUUUUUAACAUGCACACAUUAAUGAGUGUAAAUCCCCAGGGAGGCUUACAUAGCAAUUCUGUUCUAAAGCAUUUUUUCAACUUAGUAUUGUAACAUGACCUCCCACAGUGGAGGAGACAAACUUAACAUUGGCUGCUGCUUCUUACCUGCUAGCUUAUUCUUGAUCAGCAAGACCAAGAAAUAAGAAAUGCAUCAAUGUAAGCUCACAAAACCAUUUACAGCAUUUUUGUCUGUUUUUAUUAUGUUUCCUGAGGCUCAUUUACACUACAAAAAUCCUGAAGUCAGCUAAAUGCCAUUUUAAACUUUUGGGUAUGUCGACUUUCUAGGAUCAAAAUGUUGCUGGUGUUUAGGCUAAAAAGCACUCUUUUCAACAAUAUGCAAAAGUAUAAUGGCAAAACCAUUGUCACACAUAAUUUCACCUCUUUAAGUAUAGGUUGUUAGUAUUUUAUCAA